GUUUGUGAAUUUUAAUAUCUGAAUUAACAAUGAUAAGCUUUAGAUCUGUCCCAAUCUUGCCUUCAAUUUAUAAUAAACUGUGUUAUUAAUUGUCAAUUCCAUUAAUUAGUGAAUCCUUUUUUAUUCAGUCAUCAGAAGCUGAGAGAUCUGAUGAUUGAUUAUGGAAAUCUUAUCAUCGAAAUGGAUAUCUGAUGAACUGGAAAUGAAUGAUGCCUUAAGUAAUUUCAUGUGUGACCAAUACAAUAUGGAUCACUGUACUCUAGACUAUUCAAUUGAUAAUCACAAUGAUGAUAAUGAUGAGAACAACAAGUACACCUCAAAUUCGGUCCUUAGUAAUAGGACUAGUAGUACUGUUCAUCAUCAUCAACCAAAUUACACGACCACAAAAUUUCCUGUGCCAAACCCUACUGCUGUUACUUCUUCCUCUGCGGCCUUAAUUUGCUUCAACAACUCGAACUCGAACACAAUGGCGUUGGUGCCUUGUUCUGAUGAGAAGAAUUACUAUAUUGGUAGUAGUUACGAUGAUGAUAAAAAUUGUAAUAAUAAGGUGGAAGGGGAUCAAAGAACUUCGAUUAAUGGUAGGUCUCCAUUACAUGCCCGGGACCAUGUUAUAGCUGAAAGAAAGCGACGAGAGAAGCUCAAUCAGAAGUUUAUAGCUCUUUCCGCUGUUGUUCCAGGUCUAAAGAAGAUGGACAAGGCUUCUGUGUUGGGAAAUGCCAUCAGUUAUGUAAAACAGCUUGAAGAACGAGUAAAGACACUGGAAGAAGAACAUGAAAUGAAAACCAAGAACCAUGAAUCAGUCAUUAUGAUAAAGAAAUCUCUGGUAGUAUCUACAGCAGUCGAAGAAGAUUCUUCGUCUCAUCAUGAUGAUCAAGAUUAUUAUAGCUGUGGUAACUUAUUUUUUCCACUACCUGAAAUUGAGGCGAGAGUUUUGAACAAGGAGGUUUUGAUAAGAAUCUACUGCGAAAAGCAAUAUGGAGGGUGCAAUUUGGCUAACUUACUUGCCAAAAUAGAAAAUCUUCACCUCACAAUUCUUAAUGCUACUGAGUUGCCUCUUGGGACUUCUACAAUUGAUAUAACUAUUGUUGCUCAGAUGGACGAUGAGUUCUGCUUGAAUCACAACCAGCUCAAAGAAAAAUUAAGACAGGCUUUGCUCGUGUAGUAUAUAUAUAUUUACAAACUUAAUUAAUAAUACCCUACCCUAGUAGUACCCAUAUGCAGUACAUAUAUAUUAAUUAUUUUUUAUCCAUUUAUUAAUUAAUUUGCUUAAUUACCUAGAUUUAGUAUAAGAAAAAUGCCAAAAAGACUCUCUAUCCUAAUCUCUUUUGCAUUCCCUUUAAAUGGAUGAC